AUGGCUGCAGCCGCGAUCGAGAAGCUCCCUCAGCUCAAAUCCGCCACCGAUGGACUUAAAGAGAUGAGAGACCCUCUAUCAUUACCCGCCAGACAUCACUCAUCAGGUUCGCAUCUCUGCUUUGUGCUGGAUUUGAGUAAGGAUUUGAUAGAUUCAUAUGGAUCUGAAUAUGGAUUUAUAGGCGAGCCCACAGAUGCCACACAGAUGCCAUGGAGGGCUGAGUACGCAAAGUCCUCGAGGUCUUCCUGCAAGUCUUGCAAGUCCCCCAUUAACAAGGAGACCUUUCGUCUUGGAAAGCUUGUUCAAGCUACUCAAUUUGCUGAUGUCAUACCUCUCCUUCCUGCUCUCCUUAACUUCCCCAUUUUAACUAUAUGUUGCUUUAGCUUUCAUGAAGUUUUUCAAGCUAACGUAUCCUCUGUACACUUUAAUCCUUCUCACGCAGAUGUGGCACCAUGCUUCUUAGAAUACGUCCGUGUGAAUGUCUACGAGCUGAGCGUAGAUCAUUUAACUGUUUCUGAGUAUCUUCGGUUCAAGGAAGAGCUCGUUAACGGCCAUCGUCAUCCUGAAGUGAAGUGGGCUGAGACCACUGACAAGAUCUUCCUCACUGUAGUAUUAGCUGAUUCCAAGGAGACCAAAUUUAAUCUAGACCCUGAAGGUGUCUUUGAUUUCUCUGCAAAAGCUGGUCCUGAAAACCACGUUUAUGAACUUAAACUCGAGCUUCACGGCAAAGUCAAUGUAGAGGAAAGCAAGAUUAACAUUGGAGUCAGAAGCAUCUUCUGCAUAAUAGAGAAAGCAGAGCCUGAGAGGUGGAAUAAGCUAGUCCGUGGAGGGAAAGCGCCGCACUAUGUCAAGAUUGAUUGGGACAAGUGGGUUGAUGAGGACGACGAAGGCACCGCUGGUGCUGGAGAUAUGGAUAUGGGAGGAAUGGGUGAAAUGGAUUUCUCGAACUUGGUGGUAUGGCCGGAAUUGAAGGACUUGGCGGCAUGGGAGGCAUGGGUGGUAUGGGUGGCAUGGGAGGGAUGGGUGGGAUGGAAGAGUUUGAAGACAGUGAUGAUGAAGAAUUUGCAAAACCAGGAGACAAGAAAGAUGAAGCCGUCAAGGAAGAAGCAAAACCAGUAGAUGUCAAGGAAGACAAAUGAAGAAGAUGCUGUUCGUUCGAGAGAUGAACUCAUUACUAUGUUUUGCUUUCAAGUUUAUUUAUUAGCUAAGGGUUAUUAUUAUUAGCUUUUUGAGUUUAUUAAACCCUCUGUUUUACUUCCUCUUUUCUAAAAUGUUUUACUUCUAUGUGUAUAUAUAGCAUUAAGUGGUUUCUUGAUAUUUUCUUUAGAACAUAUAUAAUCAAUGUUGUUUGUCAAUGUGAUGAUCUUGAAUGGUUUAAUGAUAAAGUUGUUUCGAAGCCGUGUGCUUA